AUGGCGGGGUCGGGCACUGCCAAGGAGGUGGUGACGAAAGUCCUGGAGAAUGGACAGGUAUGGGUGGAUCUUGGCUUGCAGACGCCAGUGCGCCCCGCAGCAGCCGAAUGCAAAAGCUUCGACCGGCAUCAAGGCUGUCCCCAGGCGAGGGCCCUGCCACCACUGCCAAAAGCCUGUGUUGGGCCAGGGCGCGAGUUGCGCGCGGCCGCCGCCGCCGAGGAGCCGCGGCCCUGUGCCGAAAGCCCGGGGAGAGAGCUGCGGCGGCUCCGUGAGGACCUGGCGCGCUUCACCAGCGAGGGAAGUGCAAAGCUCGGCGCGCUGGAUGCAGAUCUCCGAGAUUUCCUGGGAGAGCAGCAG